UCUUACGUACAUAUAUCCAACCCACAGGGCAGCUCAUGUCCGACCUGGACUUCUGCUCACCUUUGAUCUUUCUUUCAAGCAACUACCCCGCGUGUAUACAGGUCGAUUAGGUUGUUGGACACGUGCGCCACUACCUCUUCUAUCAUUGAACACAUCGUUAUAUCGCCAUUAUGUUCUCGGAAAAGGACGUCAAUGUUGGCUCCAAAGCCGUUCACGACAAGCCAUACUCGAGCAGCCCCAGCUCAAUCUCCCAUGAUGACAUCGAGGGUGCACCAGUUCCGGGGACCACAGUCCAGCUCAAGCGUAGACUGCAGUCGCGUCACCUGCAGAUGAUUGCCAUUGGUGGAACAAUCGGUACAGGUCUCUUCAUUGGUUCUGGAAAUGCUCUCGCAAACGCUGGGCCUGCCGGCGCAUUAAUCGCAUAUGCUUUUGUCGGUACACUCGUUUACAGCGUCAUGGUUGCUCUGGGUGAGAUGGCCACCUUCUUGCCCGUUUCCGGUGCCUUCACAGCCUAUGCUGCCCGCUUCGUCGACCCUAGUCUUGGAUUUGCCAUGGGAUGGAUCUACUGGUUCUCGUGGGCCAUCACAUACGCUCUGGAGUUGACUGCUAGUGGCCUCAUUAUCCAGUACUGGCGCGCAGACCUUGAUAUCGGUAUCUUCAUUGGUAUCUUCUGGACUGUCAUCACAGCUGUCAACUUCCUCCCCGUCAGCUUCUACGGAGAGAUUGAGUUCUACUUUGCCAGUAUCAAGGUGCUCACCGUUAUUGGAUUCAUGAUCUUUGCUAUUUGCAUCGAUGCAGGAGCUGGACAACAUGGAUACCUGGGUUUCGACACAUGGAAGAACCCUGGAGCAUUUGCUGCUUCUGACCUUGUCAAGAACAAUGACGCUGUUGCCAAGUUUGUUGGUUUCUGGGCUGUGCUGAUUCAGGCCGGUUUCUCCUACCAGGGUACCGAGCUUGUCGGUAUCGCUGCUGGUGAAACCAGCAACCCUCGCAAGACUGUACCCGCUGCCAUCAAGAAGACUUUCUACCGUAUUGUCUUCUUCUUCGUCCUUACUAUCUUCUUCAUUGGUCUCCUCGUCCCUUAUAACGACGAUGGCCUUCUUUCAGACACCACUGACGCUUCAUCGUCACCCUUUGUUAUCGCCGCCAACCUUGCCGGCGUGAAAGUUUUGCCAAGUAUCAUAAACGCUGUUCUUUUGUGUGUCGUCCUGAGCGCCGCCAACUCGAACGUUUACUCUGGAUCCCGCAUCCUGGUCGGUUUGUCCGAGCAGGGCUCCGCCCCGAAGUGGAUGGGCCGCACCACCGCUCGUGGUGUUCCAUACUACGCUGUCGCCUUCACUGCCGCUUUCGGUCUUCUUGGAUUCAUGAACGAAAGCUCGAGCGCAGGAACUGUGUUCAACUGGUUGCUUAAUAUCACUGGUGUCGCCGGCUUCAUCACUUGGACUUGCAUCAAUGUCUCGCAUAUCGCAUUCAUGCGCGCACUCGCUGCUCGAGGUGUCUCCCGCGACACUCUACCCUACAAGGCUAUGUGGCAGCCCUUCUUCUCCUGGUACGGAGUAUUCUUCAACGUCCUCAUCAUCCUGACUCAAGGCUUCACCUCGUUCAUGCCCUGGAACACUUCCGACUUUUUCGUCGCAUACAUCAGUCUCAUACUCUUCGCUGUCCUUUACGGUGGACACAAGCUUGUAUACCGCCAACCACUCGUCAAGCCUAUUGAGGCAGACCUCGACACUGGUCGCAAGGAGAUUGAAGAGAUGCACUUCGAGGAGGUCGAACCCGUUGGUGCUUGGCAGAAGUUCUGGGCCUGGAUGGGUUAAUUGCAUAUUUAAUGUUAUGUUCAUUGCAUGGUUGGGUUUCGAUCUUUUUGAUUUUUCGAUUGUUCAUAUUUUGGGUAUACCCUGGUUGGAAAAGUGUCAUAUAUACAUUAUUUAGAUGAGUGACUAGAUGCUAGAGAUUGACGAUGAAUGAUAUCCCCGAUUACUUCAACAAUCGCU